AUGGCAGCUGAAAAAGCUCAAGACCUUGAGAGCAGACGGUCCCCUGUUGCCACAGUGGUUUGUCCUGAGCUGUCUUUGUCAUCACAGACCGGAGACCCGGACUCAUCCCUACAGAACCCCUUCAACAGAGAAGUUCAUGAAGUUCAGCAUUUCAUGGCAUCUAUUGAAGAAGAUCAACGUGCUUUAGAAAUUCGUCCUGAAGAUUCAAUGAAUGACCUUCCAGGUGGCAACUUGGAUUUGAAUGACAAUGUGAGCAAUGGGAGAGAUGGAGGAGAUGUUCUUCUGGAUCUCAAAAAAACUCACAUCAAGGCUUUGAAGGAAAUGUGUGUGUGCAUAAGAGGAGAGUCUGCAUCCAAUAGGUUUAUAGAUGUACAUCCUUGGCAGGAUGAAGUCUCGGAGCGCCAGUGCACAGAUCAGAACAUCAGGCCAGUCCACCUCCUCAGCUAUGCAGAGAUUUUAAAACCAGCAACUGAAGGGCAUAAACCUCACAGAACCACCAUUACAACAGGAAUAGCUGGAAUUGGCAAAACAGCAUGUGUUGAAAAAUUAAUUCAUGACUGGGCUGCUGGUUCUAUACUCUCAGAAUUUGAUUUCAUAUUCAUGUUCGCAUUCAGUAAACUCAAUAUGCUGCCACAGAAGACACUAAGCCUGAUGCAACUUAUCCAGAUUUGCUAUCCACAUAUGCAGGAUUGCAAAGAGAUUUUUUUGAGCACGUCAAUCAAAUGCUUAUAUAUAUUUGAUGGACUAGAUGAAAGUAGACAAACUCUAAAUUUUGAAAACCAGUUAGCUUGCUAUGAUGAAUGUGAAUCAAGGUCACUCGAAUCCUUGCUCUCGAACCUCAUCAGAGGCAACAUUCACCCUUCCUCUUCAGUUUGGAUCACCACCCGGCCAGCAGGCAUGGGGCAGAUACCUCUCUGUUAUAUUGACAGACUGACUGAACUACAAGGUUUCAGUGAACAUGAGAAGAUGGAGUAUUUUCACAAGAAGUACGAAAAUAGGCACCUGGCAGAGAAAAUGAUUUCAGUUAUGAAGAAAGAAAGGAGCUUAUCCUGUCUAUGUUACUUGCCCAUUUUCUGUUCUGUUUUGUCAACCUUUUUGGAGGAUGCACUUAAAUCAUUUCAAUGUCAUGAACUCAGUGAUUACAUGCCCGUAGCAAUCACACCUGUCUUCAACAAAUUCUUAGUACAUAUCCUUUCCCAUCAACAACAACGACAGGCAUACUUAAGAGGUGCAAAGCAAACUUUUGCUGAAUUGAUGAAGUCAAGACAAAGAGACAUCAUCAGUCUGGGGAAACUGGCUUUUGAUUUGCUGAGAAGUGAAACAUUUAUAUUCAGUGAGCAUAAUUUAAGAAUGUACAAUGCUGAUGUCUCCCUGGCCGAGAGUGGAAUAUGCAAAGAGUUUGCAAAGGAAAAUGCAAACAACUCAAAGAAAAUCUUCUGCUUUGUUCAUGGAGCACUACAGGAAUACAUGGCUGCUUUGUAUGUUCUUCUUUCAUUUAACAACACCAAAUCAAAUCCUUUAAUGGCAUCAACCAAACCAAAGUCACAACAGCGAUGUGAAAAACCCAGCUAUUUCCACAUCCUUAAACAAGCCUGUAAAGAAAACCUCAAAAGUUCCAGUGGUCACUUCGGCUUAUUUCUCAGAUUCCUUUGUGGACUUGGGACAAAAACAAAUCAGCAAAGCUUGAAAGGACUGAUGACGAGUUGUGGUAUUCAUCAUGAUGAUAUAACAAAGAUUAUUCAAUUCUUGAAGGAAAAAUUACAGGAAGAUAUUGCUCCAGAAAAAUGCCUCACUCUUAUACAUUGUUUAAUUGAAUUAGGUGAUCAUUCAUUUGUGGUGCAGUCCAGCAAGAUCCUAGCUACUGAGGCUGCCACUUAUCGGACUCUGUCACCUAUGGAUUACUCAGCAAUGGCCUUUGCUCUGCAAAUGUCAAAUGAAAAUAGUGAGACAUUCAAUCUUUCUGAACACAAAAUAUCUUCCAUUGGGCUUCGGAGACUGGCCCCAGUUUUGUUUUCAUUCACAAGUUUAAAGAUGAAUGGAUCAAAUUUGGGAGAUUCUGGAGUCAAAAUAUUAUCUCAAGUGACCAGAUGUCGAGAUGGUAAAUUGCAAAAUUUAGAGUUGGAAAGAAAUGAUCUCACACAUAAAUGUUGUGAGGCCCUAGCCUUCAUUCUGAGCAAUAAUAGCAUGCUGAGAAACCUGAACCUGUGUGAUAACCAUCUGGGAGAUAAAGGGAUAUGUUUGUUGUCUACAACUCUGAAGCAGCCUCAAUGCAGAAUACAGAAACUGAACUUGAGCAAUAAUAAUCUCUCAACUGGAAGCUGGGAGGAAUUGGUCUCUGUGCUCAUGACAAACCAAACAUUGCGAGAGCUGAAUGUGAGCAACAAUAGAGUGGGUGAAGCGGGACUGCGAAUAUUGUCUACUGCACUGAAAAAUUCACGCUGCAAAUUACAAAAAUUGGGGCUGAAUAAUACUUCUACAUUUGAUUUUGGAAUGAUGGGCUCUUACCUAGAGGAAACUGGAGUGGAAGUACUUUGUGAUGUGCUAAGAAAUCCCAACUGCACUUUGAAAAGUUUGGAGUUGGCCAGCAAUUGCUUGUCACAGAAAAACUAUGGAGAACUUACUUCUGCCAUCAGAAUCAAUCACACACUGACCCACCUGGAUCUAAGUUCCAAUGUUAUUCAAGAUACAGGCAUAAAUGUAUUGUCUAUGGCAUUGAUGGACCCAAGCUGCUCAAUACAAUCAUUGCGGAUGACGGAUACAAAACUGACACCUACUUGUUGUGAGAAACUUGCCACGGUGUUAGUCACAAACCAGACGCUCAGAGAACUAGAUCUGAGCAUGAAUAAACUUGGUGAUUCAGGCGUGCAUGCACUAUCCACUGCACUGAAGAACCCAAACUGCAAACUAGAAACUCUAAGGUUAAAGCGAACAUCCCUUACUGAUGGAUGCUGCCACAAACUUAUGGCGGCACUCAGUACAACUCAAACAAUAACUCAUCUUGAUUUAAGUGAAAACUCAUUUACAGAUUGUUCCCUAAGCAAUAUCAGUAACUUGAUUCUGACCUGUGGCAACUUGGUGGUUAUAAGGCUAGAACAAAACCAAUUCACAACACAUGGACAGAUGAUGAUAAAGAAGCUGAACCUGGAGAAGCCAAACAUUGAAAUUGUUAUAGAAAGAACAAAAAAAUAUUGA